AUGCUCAUGAGCGCGCCCUCGUUCCGCUUUCCAGACAACGACACCCCUCAGCAGACGGACAACUUCAGCAUUGAUCCAGCGCUUUUUCCGGAGUCUGCCCAUCAAAAAUCGGCGUCUGUAGCCGCACCUUCCCAAAGCGUCGCCACAGCCGUUCCCAAAGCAGAAGCCCCGCUUUUGCCAUCGAGACAGCCUGCCAGUGGACCAGCAAGAACCUCAAAAGGACAAGGCCAGGUUUCAAAUGAGAAGAGCACAAAAAAACUCUACUAUUCUUUGAAUGUCCCUGCUCUAAAGAGCCUAUGCCGUGAGCGGAACUUCAAGGUCGGUGGGAAGAAGGGCGAGCUUGUUGAGCGGCUUGAAAAGCAUGACCAGCAAUGCUUGCCCAAACCCAGGAUACCAAGCAGUAACGAGAGCCAACAGACAGAAAGAGAGACCCCCAGUCUGUCAGCUGCAGGCGCCGUCGUUGCUGGGAUGGACCAAACGGUUGACGUCGCAAAAGCGAUGCAAGAGUCCUUCAACCACGGAUUCGAGAACACAGACGAUGGUCCGGGUGAAGAGAGCAACGAUGAGGAUGACCACGGUGACGAUGAAGGCGACGAUGGGCCACGCGAGGAUUCUAUGGAGAUCGAUACGUUGGGCACAGAAAGCUCGAAAGCUUGGAUUGAUGCAUACAUCAUGGACACAAGGCGAAAAAGUGGGCAGCAAACAGAGAAGAGCGUGCUCUCUCUGUGGCGGCGCUGGGUACCCAUAGCGAUCGCUGCGGGCACGAUCCCUGACCACAUCGUCGAUGCCAACCACACCAUGGAAUACCUCAAGUAUGCUGCAACAAGGAGCCUCUUUACAACCCGAGGUCACCCAAAGGAGGGCCCGGCACGCUUAUCAUCGUCAUCAUUGAAAAAGAAUAUGACCAUGCUCGGCCGCGUUCGGCAGCGACAGUGCGACAACGACCCUACCCUGCAAGCACGUCGGCCCACAUCUACAUCGAGGAGCCAGGAUUUUUACAAGGCUCUUAUGGUAGAAUCCCAACGCUUGCGCCUUGAAGACGAGUUUUUCGACAUCAGCGAAAACACGAUACUGGACUCACAGCUGCAUGCCGUGCACUUCGAGGAGAUCACAUCCGCUAUCUUCACGAAGCUCGAUCAACUCCCAUCAGUCAUCAAAGCACAUUUUAGCUGGACUUGGUAG